AUGGCAUUAACUGCCACUGAUCUCACUGUGAGCAGGAUCAGUUCCUCAGGCAAUGCUGACAGAGCUGAAGAAGAGCAGAUAGUGGAAUUGAGACAUGUAAUGGAGGGUUCUUUAAAGCCAAGCACAUUCAUCUCCUUUUCCUUUCUCACUAGCCCCUGUGGAUUUUCAAGAGCUAGCGUUCCAUGUGCCACUGCUGUUGAAAAGACGUGCCGCACCCGACCGCCCAGAGUGAGGCGCACAUCUUCUCUAGAUACCAUAGUUGGGUCAUACCUUGUGGGACAAUGGCCACGGGAUGCUGAUGGAGCCUUUCCUUCCUGCAUGAAUGACAAAGCUACCCAGACUCCAGUGUCCUGGCAUGAAGUGGAAGUGGGGAAAGCCAGCUCCAGUACUCAUAAGCGUUCUGCAUCUUGGGGUAGCACAGAUCACCGCAGAGAGAUUGCUAAACUGAAGCAGCAGCUCCAGCGAACUAAGCUAAAUGGAAGAAAUGGCAAAGAGAAAGAGCGGAGCUCCCCGCUGCAGGGAAAUCAUGCUGUCCUUGGAUCAGUCAGGGACUCUCCCUCUGGAUUCCUGCCUGCCUCUCCUGCUUUGAGGCUUAGCCCCUGCUUACAUAGGAGCCUUGAAGGCUUAAACCAGGAGCUGGAGGAGGUGUUUGUGAAGGAACAAGGAGAGGAAGAGCUGCUGAGGAUCUUGGAUGUUCCAGAUGGCCAUAGAGCCCCUGCCCCUCCCCAGAGAAGUGAUGGAGACUUCUCUCUAACUCUGGAGCCCAGCAGUAGCAGCUGCAGCAGCCUUUCUCUUUCCCCCUCUCCUUCUGUGCCCAUCCGACCUUCUCCACACACCCCUGCAAGAGUGGCUUCAGAAGAGCUUACUUCUGCAGUGGAAGAGCCACUGCCUGGUCCUAAGGGGAAAGAGGAUGGCAGCCCCUCACCAGUCCUGGCCUUUGCCUCAUCUCCUCGACCCAACCACAGCUACAUGUUUAAGCGGGAGCCACCUGAGGGAUGUGAGAAAGUCCGGGCUUUUGAAGAAGCUUUGUCCCCCAGUCCCAAUCAGAACUUUCUGCCCUCCUGUCCAGAUAAGAAUAAAGUUCACUUCAACCCAACAGGCUCUGCCUUUUGCCCAGUCAGUCUGGUGAAGCCUCUCUUUCCAAACAUGGGUUUUCUGUUCAGAGGCUUCCCAGCUACUUCCAGUCCUGUGCCACAAGGUAUGUUUCUUGGGUCACGGAAGGAUUCUGCAGCAGAUGGCUUUAGCGAGGCCUCUAAAUCGCCUCCCCUGAACUUCGAACACUGGAAACGCAACCAGACAGAAGAGAAUGUCCUCUUCCACAGCUCCCUCAUGGUCUGAAGCCUUUGGGAGGCCUGGCACAACAAAGCGUCUUUGGCUUCUCAGUGCAUCUUAACCUGUGGAGACUAGUGCCUUGAAGUUGGAACUUUUUGAAGGCUAAAGGGGCAGCCCUGGGAUGGGAAAACCACCACAGGUGUUCUCACUGCAAUGGUGAAGACUGCAAAGUACAAUGUGCCACAGGACUCUUCACCACUGGGUGGCUCAUUUCUUGGAGCCCCCAAUACUCAAGCACUUUCCUUUCCUGUGUUGAAAGUCAUCGUAUCCUCUGUUUUGCUGUCAAAGCACAGCUGGAGCUCUGCUGCUGUGAACAGAAUGGAAACUUGAGCUACCUGGCUCUUCCAAUGAGGGUCCUUGCUGAAGGGAUUUAGAUGGCGCUUCCUAGCACUUUUCACCCUCUACAGCUGUCACCAGGACUCCUUGCCCCUCUGCCAAGGUGAGGGAGGUCUGCAGACUGGCUGCUUCUGGGGGAGACUGGAAGAGCUGGGCUUCAGCUGUCUUCAGCUGUCUGAAUGUAUCUGUACCCUCUAGAAGAUGGCUUGAGCCACUUGCAGCCCCCAGGCUUUGACGAGGGGUUUAGAAGUAAUGAAUUAUAGACAGUGCCACUAAUGGCCAACCGACCCCUUGAAACAACCACACAGCUUUCAGGAGCAUCUUGGAAAGCCUUGCUUCUACAGGGGUAGAGAAUGCAGAUGAACAGAUAGAUACCUGCCACUGCACCUUCAGGGACCUGUAUACGCAGAAGACCUGCACCCUGGAAAGCUUAUUACAUGAUGGAGAGUGAACAAAGAGGGAUUUGCUGAAUGGUUUCCUUGUGGGUAGGUGAGGGUCUCCACCUUGUUUCAGGGAAAGGGUGGUGGAAACCAAAAUCAGAGCAGCAUGCAAAUAUCUCCGCUCUUGGAAGGUUGCUGCUAGUAGAGAUGUUACAGUGCUGCUUUCCAGAUGAAUGCCCUGGACAAUCUGACUGAUUUCUGAUUUUUGGAGGGAGGGGUGGGUGGGCCAGCUGGAGUUCAGAACAAUUUUUGUUUCACUGCAGAAAAAUGUGCACAGGUAUAAGAUUAUUGAAACUGUACCUGGGCAGGAGUCUGAGAUCCAGCAAGGCUUAUCCCAGCACAAAGCCUUACAAGGUGAAACUAACAUGGGGAACUUUGGUUGCAAUGCCUCUAGAAAACAAAAGUAUUUUGAUUUGUGUUCUGUUGCUAAGGCUCUGGGUUGUAUUGAAGAAGCCUAUUUUCUUGUAUCUGAUGUAGAAACUCUAUUUUCUUCCAAAGACACUAUUUUUGCAGCUGUUUGAAGUUUGUAUUUUAUGUAUGUAUUGCAGAGCUUAAAAGAGGAAUGUUAGCCUUGG